GCUUCCACCUUUAUUAUUCUCCUCAAAUUCGUCUGUGAUGUUGAUCAAUUCUUGCGACUCACGACUUUGCGACUCGCAUUGUAGCCCCAGCAUUAAAGCCAAAUCUACAAUGUGUUCUUUGCUUCCUGUUUUCUGCUCUUAACCUCUUUUUGCGACUAUACAAUAUCUCGUAUUUCGCAAUUCCGUUGCGUAACAUGAUGUUUCUUAUAAUUUAAUUAAUUGUCUCUUCUGAAAUUCGUCAAUUAACAUAUCGCGUUACGCGACGGAAUUGCGAAAUACGAGAUAGUCGCAAAGAGAUUAAGAGCAGAAAACAGGAAGCAAAGAAUACAUUGUAGAUCAGGCUUAAAAGGAGAGGAAACGAGCGACUGCUCACGAUUGCUAGGCUAGCGGAGUAUCGGCUGAACGCAGCCGGUGUUUCACUAUUUUUUUCUCUAGUGCCAGCAAAUUGAAAGAUAGUCGUCAACUUUAACAAAAAAAAACUUUAACGAUUAAUAUCUCGCUUCGCGCGGCAGAGCGACGAUUUUUUUCUACCAAAUUCUUUCGUUUUGUGCAAAAACGCGUGAUUGAGUAUAAUUUUAUCGAUAUUGGAGAACCAAAGAUGACAUAUGUCGAACGAUUUAAAUAAUAAAUUAAUGUAAAUAAAGAAGAAAUCGCAGAAUGGUGAUAUACGGCGUUUAUAUUGUAUCCAAGUCUGGUGGCUUGAUCUUCAACCAUGAUCAUAACGUACCGAAGAUUGAAGUUGAAAAAUCCUUUAAUUUUCCACUCAAUAUUAAAUUAAAUUAUGAGAACAAGAAAGUAGUGGUAGCGUUUGGGCAAAAAGAUGGAAUACAUGUGGGACACAUAUUGACAGCUGUGAAUGGAAAUGCAAUCACAGGACGUGAACUUGAAGAUGGGAGAGACAUCUUGGAGAUGUUGGAGCAACCGGAAAAUUUCCCUAUAACAUUGAAGUUCAGUCGGGCAAAAAUGACGACGAAUGAGAAGAUAUUUUUAGCUUCAAUGUUCUACCCUCUUUUUGCGAUAGCAAGCCAACUCAGUCCGGAACCACGAUGUUCUGGAAUUGAGAUUCUCGAAGCGGACACAUUUCGUUUAUAUUGCUUCCAGACAUUGACGGGCAUUAAGUUCAUGAUAGUAGCGGAGCCAUCGCAGCCAGGCAUGGAAAUUUUGUUGAAGAGAGUGUACGACUUAUAUGCGGAUUAUGCGCUAAAAAAUCCAUUUUAUGCGCUAGAAAUGCCAAUUAGAUGCGAAUUAUUUGAAACUAAUUUACAGACAUUGCUGGAAACCGUAGAAAAAUCUGGAAUAACCAAUGUUUAGCCUGUAUUGCUUUACAUGAAUUACGUAUACGUGCAGCAGUCGCAGGGGCAUCAAGACGAAAGUGACCAUGAAUAUUCGCAUCCUUACGUGCAGCCUUGAUUGCUUCUUUGAUCGCAAAGAAUGCAGAUGAUGCCAGAAAUAACGGUGGCUCCCCAACAGCCUAUAUUAUAUUAUAUCUUAAUAUAAGUUUAAUAAGUUUUACUA